AUGCUCCCAACAAAAUAUCAAAUUGAAGAAGAUGAUGAAUUGUGUGUGUGGAGCUCAUGGUGCCCUACACUUCAAGUCUUUUUAAAACUUAGCCCAAAUUUCAUGGAAGACACUCUAUAUCAAAGAAACAAUUUAAGUGUUCUUAUCAAUCCCCCUAAUUUCACUUACCCUUUCUGCUAUCUUACUCAAAAGCCUCAAAUCGCAACUGGUGGAUCUAAAGCUAAUUCCGAGAACCCGUUUAUCGAUCCAUCAAAGCUUGAAAACAUCGUAAAAGGAUUCGCAUCAAAGCAAGACCCUUUACCCUUAUCGUUUGGUUCAAUCGGAAGCCUUCCAAAUGACAACAAUGUCUUAUUCCUUGCUCCAACUCCUACUUUACCCCUCCUUCAAUUCCAUUUCCAAUUAUGUGAUGCGAUGAAGAGGGAAGGAAUUGAAAUUGGUGAAGAGUAUCGCCCAGAUUCAUGGAUUCCAUUCUGUCCUGUUGCUGAAGAGGUUCCAAAGAAUCGAAUGGCUGAAGCUUUUACAGUUUUGAGGGAUUUGAAGUUGCCUGUUACUGGAUAUGCGAUGGAUAUUGGAUUGGUGGAAUACUCUCCUGUUCGUGAACUCUUUUCCUUUGUGCUUGGUAACUCGGUUGAAUCUUGA